AUGCGUACAAUCAACCUCGCGAUCUUGGCGCUCGCCAGUCGAGCUCUGGCGCAUGGCGACCACAGCCAGAAGCCGAUGGUAGACGAGCACGCCGACUGGAUGACAAAACACAUGGCUGAGGAACAUCACAUGGAGGGCUGGGACUCGGCCUCCUUCUUUACCCUGCACGACUACAACAGCGACGGCGUGUGGCAAGGCGACGAAAUCCUCCGCACUUACGGCCUCUUCGACGACUCGAACCACCACGUAUCCGAAGAGAAGCGCUUCGAGAUCUUGCACGAGCUCAUGCUGCUGCUCGAUCACAACCAGGACGGCCACGUCGACCGUCAGGAGUGGAAUGACUUCACCAGCGCGGGCAAGACGUUGCCGGACGUCGGGAUGGGACCGGGACACCACGGCGACGACGAGUACGAGUACGAGAUCCAUCACUGGGAGAAAUACCACGACGAAAACACCAAGCUCGAGGACCUGACCCACCCCGAAGACAUUGAGCACUUCAAGAAGCACGAGCAGAUGGAGGACGAGCAGGAGAGGUUAGAGCAGCUGGACCACAUGGCCGUCGUCGAGGCCAACAUCCCGCAAAAGUUUAGGCGGUCAUAG